AGUAAUUAUCAAGUCUAAAAAUGAAAUAUCAAGAUCAAUUCGUCACCCAUUAUCUGUCGCUAAAAUAUAUCAUACGUGUUUAUUAUUUGAGAUUAACUAAAGAAAGUUUACGAUGAUAAUCCUCUCAGUAUGUGCAAAUUAAACAACCAUGUAAUGCAUGAAGAGAUGAGGGUGACAAUUCAAAAUUAUGUGCUAUCCAAGUUUUUCUUUCAGAAAAAAAACCUGCACUUAACAUGAAAAUUCCCUAAAAAAUUUUCAGGCUUAUGCUUUGAAACCUUCGUGCCGGGUAAGUACAAUUGCCAGCUAUACAAGUUAACUCUUACCAGCAUUGGGCGAGCACGUGUCUGACGCCUAUCCCGUACUGCGUCAGUUGAGUCAUUUUCAGGCUCUUGAGAUACUUCUAGCCAACCCUUUACAAGUAUCUUGUUUUUAUUUCUCUGAGUGAUAAACCAAGCAAGUAUGGAAUCAAAGCUCCCCCUCGAUAUAACCCUAACGACAGACGAUAUCACGUCAAUAUUGAUAGACAAGUAUUACAAUCGAGUUUGGAUUCUAGUCACGUACGGAACGAGACCCAGUGUGUUGCUGAAGAAGACAUGAACACGAGUUUCAUCAUUGUUGUUUUGGCUGCAGCGGUAAUUUCAAACAUUCGUGGAGUUUUAUCUCCGUCACCUAGUUUACCCAAGGAAAAAAUUCAGCUACAAUGCCUUCACAACUUCAUCUUUUUGAAAAUCGACUUAGACGACAUUCCUAACAUCAAGCCGUCUUCUCUACGUUUACGGCAGUUGUCAUGCGAGCCAUAUUAUGUUGCAAACAGUAGCGCUUUCUUUAGAGUACCUUUUCGAGGCUGCGGGACAACUCGCGGAACCAAGGGCAACUAUAUUUCUUUUUCAAAUACUGUGGAAAAUUCUGCGAGGUCAUUAAAUGAAUCCCACGUGGUAGUAUCGAAUGGGCUCAAAUUACACGUUCCUUUCACGUGUUACUACCGUUCAAAGUACACCAUAACUGUACAGGAGACAGAGGGGGCUGAAACGAGAAAUCACAGUACACAGAAACAAAAGAGUGAAGGUCACGCAACGAGGUCAAGUCCAGUCCCUGUAGAAUCUUCGUCUGAUGAAAAAGUGAUGCCCCUCACUUAUAGCAUUGUAUCUGUUGUGUUCCUGUUGUUAUCACCUAUCUUCAACUGAUAUUUGCUUCAUCUGCCACAGUCUGGCCGCAGGACUCCAGCUAGAUUUGAUUUGAAGGGAGGGGGUCGGAGAAAAGAAACCUCACUGCAAAAGACAGUUUUCUACAUGAUUAACUGAUGAUGACUUAGAGCCCACGUCUCUCUGCUUUAAUCGAGAAAAAAUCAAAACAAAACAAAAAGGGGAGGGGAACACGCUAAUUUUUUCCUUUCCCAAAGCUCCUCGCGCCUAGCGCAUGUCACCAGUUUCUCGUACCUAGUUCUCGUUCUUCAGGCUCUACAGGAAAGUUUUUUUAGGGGCCCGUCUUCACCUUAAAAACUGCGUUUAUAUCCUUUAAAAUGGACGAGCUCUGUUCUGGCUCGUGUGAGUUUACUAUGCUUUCCAGACGUACUUCAGGCGACUAAGAACCUAUCACACAUGCAAAGGUGACUGCGGAACGCUAUCAAAGCGUCCAAAAAUUCUUUCCCUACACAAAACGUUAUUUGCCCGAACACUUGCUUUAGACUCAGCAUCUACACCCCUACUCUAAACUCAAGAAGUCGCGUUAACUUAACAGAUUCAAAUAAAGGUCUCCGGGCGUGGUUAGCUAAUAAAUCAGACCACGCGCAUGGCACGUGAAUUCAAAUAACACAUAAAGAGGGGAGGAGAAGCAAACAGGGAAUCAAAGUGGCACAAGUGAUCGAGGUGAUCUUUAUAUUCGUAACGGUUGUCACAUUAACUUAUCAUCACAAAUAUAUGGUCUCUUGAGAUGAGCCUCCUAAAUACAACUGUAAAUAGAGGGUUCUUGUAAAUUGUUUUGGGCAAUGAUGACAAGAGGAACGUCUAGCGUUAUCGUGUGAUGA